AUCAGAAAAGAUACUUGAAUCACCAAGAAACGUAUAUCAUUCUUAUCAAUUUUGACUGCUCGGCGACUAUUUUUGUAUCACGAAAAUCUUCCAGACGCGAAUGUGAACAAAUACAUCAAGAUGGUAAUCAAUUCUCCUUCAAGCAUCCUUAAUCAUCCAUCUAGCCCUAGCAGGUCAUCCGUACACCAUUCAAGUCCUCCAAAACCGUUGGCAACUGCAACUGAUCUGCCUAUCCGAACGGCAUGUAACUUUUGUCGGUCAAAAAAGAUCAAAUGUGAUAAAACUGCAAUCGAAGAUGGUGGUUGUGCAAGGUGUAAACGUGAAGAAAUAAUGUGUUGUUACGAUGUCAGAGAUCCGAUAGGGAGACCGAAAAAACGCAGAAUGACCGGAGAUGCAUCGCCUGUGCAAAGUUCAUCUUCUACGAUUCAUCAAUCUCCUCAACAGGCACGUAUCACUCCGAAAGGUUUAACAAGCAAUACCAUCUCUUUCAAUCCUGAACGAUCGUAUGCGGAAGCAGGAAUGUAUCAACCACAAAGUAAUGGAUCACUAUCUAGCUUGACGAAUAAAUUUAGUCCCAUCAAUGCCUCAUAUUCAUCAGCCAUUGCAUCCUCCUCUCAAUGGCCUAAUUUGCCUCCUUUGAAUGCCGUUCCACCAAAGUACAACAACAUUUACAACGUCGGAAAGCCUCAAAAUGCUCAAUUGCGUAACAAUUAUGCGGCUCAACCCACUUCGCAAUCCUUGUCACCUUCCAAUCAAUCUGUCGCUACCUCUUCGCAUGGAAUGACGCCUUCCUCCUCUACGACUACGUUUGAAACAAUAAGGCCUUCGAGUAUUGAUGAUGCACCAAAUUUGUCAGACCUGGGAUUAGCAGCAUUUUUGGAAAGUUUGGACACCUUGGAAAUCAAUACGGAAGAUGGGUUAACAGCAGCAAUGCUAGAAGCUUUGGCAGCAAGUUCAUUGAAAGAAGAUGUUACGCACGCUCAAAUUCAUCAACAAAGCUUUUUGCCCAGUCUUUCGUCUUCCGUUAAUUCGAUUCAAAACACGGCAAAUUUGCAAGGUAGCACAUCUUAUGCCGUUCCAGCCGAUCUUUCGUGGGCCGAUUCUUCUUGGUUAGACCAAAUCAGCGCUCAAUCAGCAUCCUCUUUGGACAAGAUGAAUAAGCAAAAAGCGGCCGAACCAUUUACUGACGAGCGUCAUGAAAUUUCAUCAACAUCCAUGAACCGAAAGAGAGACGAACAAGAAAGGAGCAUGCAAACAGUCUUCGAGCCUGAAAAGAGCACCUCUUGUUGUUGCGGAAAGGAUGAUGCAAAUGUAACACAAGCAACACCACAAUCGCAUGUACAACAGCGCACUUUACCUUCCGAAAACUCAUCAACUAGAGUUCAUUGUGUUCCCGAUCCCACCGGAAAAGGAUGUACAUGUUUAUGCGACGUGAGUGUAGCUUUGAUCAAUGUGCGAGCCACUUUACGUCAAACAAGAGAAGACCAAUGUGCCGAUAACCCUUUACCGAUCAAGGAUGAUAAUAAAAGGGCAGCUUCCACUUUGCAAUUAACUUUAUCCGCUUCACAAGCUGUUGCCGCCCAAUGUGCUUGUAGUGCUUCUUGUCCAACGUGCAGAACUGAUCCUAGCACUUCAUUAAGCGCUUCACUCUUGGUCUCGACCGCUUUGCAAAUCUAUAUACGAGCCGUUAGAACACUUCGACAAGGUUUCGGUGCAGGUGAUUCCCGCUCGAACUUCACUGAAAGCAUCGGCGGAGCGGAGAAUGGAGGUCAUAUACAUGCAACAGGAAGCGAAUGGGAUGUGAGCAUAGGUCAGUACAAGCCAAAAGCGACAAACGCUCGUCGGAUCGCCCUCUUUGCUAUGAAACUGGAACUUCGUGAUUUACGCGAUGCGAUCGCAAAAGUUAGUCGUGCUGCUAGUAGAACUGGAUCUGUGACUACAAACGAAAAAGAAUCCUCAAAGAUAAAAAGCUGCUGUUCAGACAAUUUGGAAUCCAAUCAGAAUGAACUCGCUCAAUUUGUUCAAUCAUCUUCUGUAGAAGCAGGUAUCAAUCCUGUAGAUCAAGUUGUCAUUCGUAAAUUGCAUCAACAAUUGGGCGAUCUUCUACGUACGGUGGAAGGUAUUGAGGAACAGCAAGAUGCCGAAAGGAACGCUUUAAGUGCUGGAAAUGACUUGAUGUAUUCAUAAAUCAAUCUUGUAAUCUUAUUCGCUUUAUUUACCUACAUUCAUCUCAAAAUCGGGAGGCGUGAUUGCUGUAUAGUCAUUUUUGUCGAUGAGUCAAGUAGUAUUUCGUCAAUCCGCUCGUGGACGAAUCAUGACCAGCGCCGUCCACUUUUGAGA